UUGUACAGUUUGAUCGCACACUUUGUCGAGGACGAAGUUACUUCUGAUUUUCAGCUGGAAAUAUUAGCUCGGACAUCAACAGCCAUGAUGAUCAAGAAAGGGUUACCAACGACUAUUUUCUGCGUCGUUUUGCUGGUCAUCAUCGGGACGUCAGUGGCCAGUUCAUUCCGUCCAAACUGCGACCGAGCCUGUACCUUCGAAUUGGAUCCCAUCUGCGGCAGCGACGGAAGGAACUACUCUAAUCGCUGCCACUUCGAAAUCGGGAGAUGUCGUAAUCCUCGCUUGAGGAUACAAUGCAAAGGAAGGUGUGAGGAAUGUUUGUACGGAUGAAGUCGUUACCGCUACGCCCUUCUUCAUCCUGUUCGUGACCUACAGCAGUAGCCUCUCUAUCAGGUUACUGAUAAGUGGCGAACAGGUCGGCAACGGUAUCGUCAACAAAGAAGAUUUUUGUUUUGAAAAGCCCAAGAGGAUUUCGUGAAUCCUGAAAUUGACCACAUUUUGAAAUGUUGUGAUUGUUAAAAAGAUAAUUAUUAAAACGUAAAUCCAAA